CUGUCAGAGUCCACAUUUAAACUGCUGCCUGCCUGUGCAGCGGCUGAGAAGCUAUGGAUUGGAUUUUGCAGACCAAAACCCUCAGCUAAAAGCCUUUUUUUUUAAAAAAAGACACCCUUUUGGUUACUGCCUAGCAACAAUGAAGUGAGAGAAGUAAAGCCCGUUAUCAAAUGCAAGCGGCUCCAGAUUCUAGCUCCUGCUGCUUUGCUUGGCAUCGCCACUAGAAAUAUGGAUACUGAAAAGAGAACACAGCACUGCAUUGUCCAACAAGGGAAACACCAACUGUAAAAGCUUCAAUGCUUCCAUUGUCAGCAGCAGACAAUGCCAGUCAGAACGGAAGCGAGAAGUGCUGCUUCUGCUUCUUGAAGGAUGACCAGGGAAAAAUCAAGACAAACACCCUGGUGAGCAGGGAAGGGAGCCGAGCAGGAAGCAUACAGAUGGACAAACUGGAUACGGUGAAAAGCAGUCGCAGGCAGCAGGCUGCUGGGGGGGAGAUGUGCGCAUGGUCGAUAGCAUCUUUUUGGCUGAAGGGAUGGCAUGCCAAAACUACUUGCAGUGGGCACAAUCUUCUUGCCAGAAAUGGCCUGAUCAAGUAAGUGCAAAUAGUAUUGAAGACCUUAGAGUAAACGCAGAUAUUGUAUAAAUCGCAGAAGGAAGUACUGCAUGCUACAAUUCAAGGCUAAAACCCCCAUCAGCUCCUCCUAGUGGCGAGCUGGUAAUUCACUAACCAUCUGAGGACGGAAGAUGAAUACCCAGAAAUAGCAGUGGAUCCAGAAACAAAGCAUUUCCUUCAGUCAUUCUCACAUCCCAUUAUUGGAUACUUACAACAUGCUUCAGUGGAGAAGGCGGCAUUGCUGCUUGGCCAAGAUGACCUGGAAUACCAAGCGAACUCUGUUCCGCACCCACUUCAUUGGUCUACUCUCGCUUGUGUUCCUUUUCGCUGUAUUUCUGUUUUUCAGUCAUCAUGACUGGCUGCCUGGCAGAGCUGGAUUCAAAGAAAACCCUGUGGCUUACACUACCCGAGGAUUUAGAUCAACGAGAAGUGAGACAAACCACAGCUCGUUGAGAACCAUUUGGAAGGAAGCAGUCCCUCAAACCCUCAGGCCACAGACUAUUACGAAUUCCAACAAUACAGAACUGUCGCCUCAAGGAGUUACUGGUUUAGAGAACACACUCAGUGCCAAUGGGAGUAUUUAUAAUGCAAGAGGUACCGGACAUCCAACUUCAUAUCAUUUUAAGUAUAUCAUCAAUGAGCCUGACAAAUGCCAGGAAAAAAGUCCAUUUCUAAUACUGCUCAUAGCUGCAGAACCAGGCCAAGUGGAAGCCCGACAAGCUAUCAGACAAACCUGGGGAAAUGAGAGCCUGGCACCUGGAAUCCAAAUUGUUCGGAUUUUUUUGCUGGGUUUAAAUAUGAAGUUAAAUGGAUACCUUCAGCGAGCUAUCCUAGAGGAAAGCAGGCAAUAUCAUGAUAUUAUCCAACAAGAGUAUUUAGACACUUAUUACAACUUAACAAUCAAAACCCUAAUGGGGAUGAACUGGGUUGCCACUUACUGUCCAAAUGUUCCAUAUGUUAUGAAAACAGACAGUGACAUGUUUGUCAAUACAGAGUAUUUAAUACAUAAGCUUUUGAAGCCAGAAUUAUCUCCCAGACACAAAUAUUUCACAGGCUAUCUAAUGAGGGGGUAUGCGCCCAAUCGGAACAAAGACAGCAAGUGGUAUAUGCCACCUGAUCUGUACCCGAGUGAACGCUACCCUGUCUUCUGUUCUGGGACUGGUUAUGUGUUUUCUGGAGAUUUAGCAGAAAAAAUUUUCAAGGUUUCAUUGAGUAUAAGACGAUUGCACUUGGAGGACGUAUAUGUUGGCAUCUGCCUUGCCAAGUUGCGAAUUGACCCAAUGCCCCCACCCAAUGAGUUUGUCUUCAAUCACUGGAGGGUAUCUUAUUCCAGCUGUAAAUACAGUCACCUAAUUACCUCCCAUCAGUUCCAGCCUAGUGAACUGAUCAAAUACUGGAACCAUUUACAACAGAAUAAGCACAAUGCCUGUGCCAAUGCAGCAAAAGAAAAAGCAGGCAAGUACCGCCAUCGUAAACUGCACUAGAAGGAACCACUCCUCAAAAUAUUCCAUGUGCAAUUUGUAAAAUUAUGGCUGAAAGCAUGUACAGUGGAAAAAUGCGCUUAAGAGGGACACUCUAUUUAAGACCAAGCACUUAAUGAUGUUUGAAAAUUAUUUUUUUAAUUUAACAGAAAAAAGAUUCUAAUUCUUGAAAAAAGUAGUAUGUUGAAAGUAUUAACCAAAAGGUUUUUGAAAUUGGGGAAGGAAAAGUUGGUAUCAAGAUAUUUGUUUUAAUGUGCAAUAAUAAGCAUGCACACUUUGGUGGUACAAUUGCUAUUUUAUGUGCCAAUAAAAUUUAACUGUGCAAAUUUCA